CGCGCACUGCAGCAUUCAGAUCGUUACAUAUGUCUAGAAGGACUCAAUUAUUUCGAACACACAAGUUAUCAAUUGUUUUCAAACUUGUGCUCAAGUCAGUAGUGUUAAUAGUCUCCAGUUAGGUGAUUGAUAUUUUUGAAAAGUUUGUGAGCACCAACAAGAUAUUUGAAAAUGGAAAAUGUUCCCAUAAUGAAGCAACCACCUUCGUACUCGGAAACAACAGGACCUCCUCCAUUCAGUUCCGGAGAUAACGGGCAGCAAUAUUAUAACUCCGAGUAUGCCUCGACUCCAUCAGCAACCCCAUCUUACAUCCCAGCACCCUCAACCACCACACAUAAUGUAACAGUUGUCACGGCAGGAGGACCUCAAGUGAUAAUGGGUGGAUGUCCGGUUUGCAGGGUAGGAACAAUGACAAAAGAUUUCACUUGUUGCGGUAUCUGUUGUGCGAUUUGUUUAUUCCCCAUCGGAAUCUGGUGCUGUUACUGUAUGCGCAGAUUGAAGUGUACCAACUGCGGAACGACAUUAUAAUUGCAGUAAUUAAGUGAUUUAUUAAUUUUAUACGAAACUUUAAAAUGUUAAGUUUUACGAAAAGUUUUAUGUAUUAUACCAAUUUUUAUAUUUUUUGAUAGUUUCUAAAUAUGUAAACUUGUUAAAAAUAAACUAUCUGGACCCCGCAAAGCAAAGUGACAAUUGUUUGAACACGCCCCUUAUUAUUUGUAAGCGCAAGAUGAAGUGUGAGAUUGUAAUAAUACGAAAAUAUAGAAUAAUCAGAAGAAUCACGUAGGCCACAUUUUAAUUUUUUUGUUAAAGUAGC